AUGGAGAAAAUCAUCAAGAAAGCGUUGAUACAGUUCCUCGAGCAGAAUCAUCUCCUCUCCGAUGCCCAACACGGCUUUCGAAGUGGUAGGUCCUGUCUCACUAAUGUGCUCUUUUCACUCGAACGCUAGACCAAGGCAGUUCGGUGCACGCCAUCUACAUCGACUUCAAAAAAGCCUUCGACAGCGUUCCCCAUCAACAGCUCUUGCACAAACUGCGCAACGGAAGAAUUCAUGGACGCCUUUUUGCAUAGAUCAGGAGCUUUUGACUGAACUGUCCCAAAUAGUGCAGGUCGGACGCCAGCAGUCCUCAGAGGUCAACGUGGUGAGCGGCGUCCCACAGGGCUCGGUCUUGGGCCCCACAUUAUUCCUUGCUUUCCUAAAUGUCUGCGUCAAGGACCUAGACUGUGAUGCCAUCCUGUUUGUUGACGGCAUAAAAUCGUGGGAAGUUAUUCACAAUGCGACAGACGGAUACCACCUGCAAUUAAACUUGAACGGGCUCGAGGACUGGCCGAAGCACUGGCUUAUGGCCGUCAAUGUGAAUAUGUGCAACUUUCUUCAACUCGGCAGCUGCAGAGCCUCCAGCCCCAAGGCUUGCUUUCUUUAUGAUACUCAAUUGCAGCAAGUUGUCAGUCUGAAUGACUUGGGUGUGCGGAUUACAUCUUCACUCAAACCAAAACUGCACUGA